AUGGCAAAGAAUAGUCCCAUCGAUAUAAAAAUCAAAGAUAAAACACAUUUACUUAUAGGCAAAACUGCUUCAUUUUUUCCAAGGUCGAUUAGGGAGAUUGUCAAUGACCACUACGGCCUACACUAUGAUUGUUGGACCAAGAACUACAAAAGUCAUUUCGAAGGCAUUAAUUCGGAAGAUUCGGCAUCGGUGGCCAAUGCAAUAACAAACGCGAGGGCCAUUUUUCCGGAUAGGAUUCGUCAAGAGCAUUGGCCUAAGAUUUGUGACUCAUUUGAAGAGAAAACAUGGAAGGAAAAGAAAACUGGUGAGAAGCCCGGUGCCCUCGAAAUUUUUAGGGACACACACACGAAGAAGAACAGGUCUUUUGUAAAUAGUGAUGUUGAGAUAUUAUACAAUGAAAUGGAAUCCAUAGCAAAAGUUGACAGCGUGGAUUGCACCGAAGAAGAAAUAAUAUUGCAAGUGAUAGGGGGGCCAUGCUCAGGAUAUGUUAGAGGGAUGGGAUGUGGUGUGGUACCUACCUUGUUAAAUUCAUCCCGAGCACGCCAAUUUGACAAUCAUGAAGAAUGCAUGCGCAAACAAUAAGAGAUGGUCAAAUCACAAGAGAGGAUGUGGGAAGAGAUUCAAUUAGAGAUUCAGUCAGAGAUGUGGGUAUCAAAAGAAAGGAUGCAGGCAUCAGAACAAAGGAUGCAGUCAAAGAUGGAAGAGAUGGAUAGAUUACUAUUAAUACAUCUUCGAGAGUAGGAGAAUUUUUCUAAUCACAAUAAUUUUCACACACACACAGACAUCAAGUAAUUGUUAGAAAGAUUAUUGAUUAUGAUAUGAACUCUAAUCUUCCUAGUAAUGGAGGGAGCUCUACUGGAGAUCAAUGAAGCCAAGUUAAAAUUUGAGGGCACUUUGGUGGUAGUUUUUGUUAAAGACUUUCAAAAUAGUAUAAAAGAUUUGAACAAGUAUGGUUUGUAUUUAGUAUAAAAUAUUCGAACAAUUAUGGUUUGUAAUACAAGGUAAGAUA